AUGCUCCGCGCCACCCGCCCCGCUACCCUCGUCGCCCGCCAGGCCCGCCUCUACUCGACCAAGGCCGAGCAGACCCUCGGCAACGAGUUCACCUCGGAGCGCGCUGCUACUGCCGCCCACGCCAAGCAGACCACCGAGCUCUGGAAGAAGAUCUCCUUCUUCGUCUGCAUCCCCGCCUGCAUCGCCGGUGGCUGGUGGACCUACAAGCUCGAGGCCGACCACGAGCACCACCUUGACCACAUCCGUGAGGAGAACGGCGGCCACCUCCCCGCUCCCCCCGCCUACGAGUACCUCAACAUCCGCACCAAGCCCUUCCCCUGGGGAAUGCAGUCGCUCUUCUUCAACCCCGAGGUCAACACCCCUGUUGGCGCUGAGGAGUAA